AAACACUUCAAACUUGGGACGUAAUGGGGCGUGGCGUGUGGGGUGUUUUAGGUUAUCUUACUGUGUGACAGUGUCAAGAAGUCAGAAUUUUGCGAGGGAGGAGACGCGUUUGCAAUGGAGCCGAUCGUAAAAAUGGUCCUCAAAGGGAACACGAGCAAUGACAACACAUCCUUCCUGGACUCUGAGUUCCGCUACACCCUCUUCCCAGUGUUCUACAGUAUCGUCUUCAUUCUUGGACUGACGGCCAACAGCUAUGUGCUGUUUGUGCUGCAUCGCCUGCGUGAAGCGCAGACCAUGAAUGAGAUACGCAUCUACAUGACCAAUCUGACCGUCGCCGACCUGCUCUUCGUCUGCGCCCUCCCCUUCUGGAUUGACUACUUCCUUCGCCGAGGUGACUGGAAGUACAGCGACAUCCUGUGCCGUGUCAUCGGCACGUUCUUCUACAUCAACAACUACUGCUCCAUCCUCUUCCUCACUGCCAUUAGUGUAAACCGCUACUGGGCUGUCACAUGCCCACUGGAUGCCGCCUCGUCCAACUGUUGGCGUCGGGGGGCUCUUAUCUCAACGAUUAUCUGGGUGCUCACCCUGUCCUUUUCCAUGGAGUACCUGGUGAAGCCGGGCGUGAACAAGGACCAGGCCAACGUAAGCCGUUGCUUCGAAGGUUACCACGAAGACAAUGAAGACAGCAAGCGCUUUUUGGCCAUCACGCACCUGGUUAUCGUCACCAGCUUCUUCUUGGUCUUUUUCAUUGUCGUAGCUUGCAACCUGCUCAUUGCCCGGGCCCUGCUCAUCCAAUCGCCCUCACAGGCGUUAGGCUCCGUUUCUGCCAAGCCCAGAGGGGUGAAGCGCCAGGCUCUGCAGAUGCUGUGCGUAGUGGUGGUGGUGUUCAUUGUGUGCUUCCUGCCCCAUCACCUGGUUCAGUAUCCCUGGACCCUGGCGGUGCUUCAGAUCCAGGAGGGCUGGGGCAGUACAGGCUGGAACGACACGACACGGUGCUGGCUGAAUGACGCCCACCAGAUCACUCUGAUGCUGAUGGGGCUCAACUGCCUCCUGGAUCCAGUGGUGUACUGCUUUGCCACCAGGAGGUUCCGUCUGUACAUCAAGGACCACCUGAAGAGGGUGGGAAAGGGCAGACACUACUCUGACACUAUUGCCACUCACAUCUCCAUGACGAGCCAGGGGCUUCAUAACGAGCCAGGGGCUUCAUAACGAGCAGCGGUCGCUCAAGGCUUAAAGCUCCGGCGAACAUUGUCUUAUUGUGGAGGAGGUGGUUUAGGGCAAAAGAUAUUGCUGACGGUUGUUGAUUCGCCACAUCCUAGGGUUGUUAUAUUCAGCUUGACCACAAACCACACUUACCAAUGCACACCCUGCUGAAUUCGCUGCCUCUGUGUUAGACUUGGGUUUGUUUGGACACAAGCAAACAACCGGAAACCGGAGGCAAAACCGUAUUGCUUCCUUCCAAACAUUGUGAAACUU